AUGGAUGACGAAGGUGCACCGCUAAGUGAGAGUGCUCAGGUCGUUGAUCCUGAUGUCCGCGCUCAUGUUUACAGCCUUGUUACUGCUCUUGGAGGCUUCAAUGGCGAGAACGCGGACCGUUACGUGCUGGGAGAUGAUGCCUUGGCUUGUCUACGAGACAUCAAGCGGUGGCUAAAAUUACACGAUGAGAAGAAUAAUCGCAUGGAUGUUGCGCGAUGCCUGGGAGAAGCGAACCUGGUCAAUGGGGACCUUUUGCCGAUUCUGACGCUCUGGUCAACCAGCGGCCAGAAUAGUAAAUUCAUGUCGAGAAUCGCACUGGCUUGCCUGGAGUUAUUGGUGCCUCUGACCUGGCCUUUGGAGUUGCACAGCGAAAUGACGGUCAAUCACCAUCGGCACACACCCUAUUUGCAACAAGCUCAAGUCCUCUACAAGCGUGGUAUCCUCGGUCCUGGUGGCUCCAGCCUCCUUCGAACUAUAAUCCGCAUCGGUCUUCCUAGCAUGGCAGUCCCACGAUCCGACCGGACGACUCGAGAUGAAGGUAUCCUCAAGCUUAUGCUCUACCUUCUUCGGAAUAUCGCUGUUAUCUCCCCACAUUCCCGUCUUUCGGCGGAGGGCGAUGAGGAGGAAACUUCGAGGUCUGCGACUAUCAACGCUUUCCAGGAUCAAGAUGCGUUUGCUCUUCUCCUUACCAUGUGCUCAAAUGUCGCAGAUGAUUUCAACCUACAAGAUGUGGUCCUUCUUGAAAUAUUAUUCCAUAUAGUCAAGGGAGUCAACGUGGAAAAGCUGUUCAUGAACGAUACUCAGCGAAAGGCAAAACGCACAGAGGAGCUCGGGGACCUGUUACAGAAAGAGUCAUCUUUGCGACGGGAAUAUGCAAAAAACGCACCAACACGCCAUGGUCGGUUUGGGACGAUGAUCUGGGUCAAGCGCGAUGACGCCAAAGUCUCUACGGUAUCUGGGCAGGAUGUGCUUAAAGACAGCCAGACAACCUUAUAUAAGAUGGAUCAGAGCAAAAAAUGGAACAAGCCCCAGGUGCGUCGGAGACAGACCGAAGUGACGGUUAAUAAUGACUUCAACACACCUGUCAACCUCAACUCGACUGCGACGAAAAAUCUGCGAAUUUUCAUCGAAGAGUUCUUGGAUUCUGGGUUUAAUCCGCUUUUUACCCAUGUUCGCAAGGCCAUCGAACGUGAAGCAGAUCGAAUCAUGGAUAUCAAUUCGCGCCACUAUUUCUACACCGUCGCCUGGUUCCUUGAAGCGGAGCGUGUGCGACGCAAAUAUCAACGCGAGAGGCACUCCCAGGAAGACAAGUCUUUGAAGAAGAUGGAGCCUGAUAGUUUUGCACUUGUCGCCAGUGUUCUCAACCAGGAAACUUUCGUGUUUCUAAAUCGAUCCAUGCAGAAGAGUUUUGACAACAAGGAGGUGGAAGACCUCACUGCAGAAAUGCGCUGUUUCACACAGAUCCUGUUAACGGUCCAGGAGAUGGCUCAGUCGCCUCUUGACGAUGAUCAGGAGGUUGCUGACAACAUUCAAAAUCGCAUUUUCUACGAAGAGACAACCCAUGACCGCAUAAUCUCUAUCAUUCGGGGGUACAAAGAUCAAGGGUUUGGCUAUUUGGACGCAUGCACUCAGCUUGCCCAUGUCUUCCUGCGAAUGCUGGAGCAUUACUCGAAGGAGAAUGUGGAUAUGCAGAUACGAUCCCGCCGACGUAUCAAGCGUAAAGCUAAGCAAGACGACCAAGCUAUUGACGUUGAAGAUGAAGAACAUGCCUCCGAGGACGAAGAAUUGAUGGAAGCCGAAAGGGUUUCGAAGGAGCGCAAGUUCGACUUCAAGCGCUUUGCAGCGAAGUUCUGCAACCAGAAAUGCGUGGACACGUUCGUUGCUUUCAUCAAGUACUAUAAAGAACUGAAUACAGAUCAGUUGAAACGAGCCCACCGAUACUUCUAUAGAAUCGCGUUCAAGCAAGAAAUGAGCGUCUUGUUGUUCCGCCUUGACAUCAUCAAUCUCUUCUAUCGCAUGAUAAAAGGCCCUGGCGCUUUGGAUUCUAGCAAGCCAAUUUUCAAAGAAUGGGAGGAGUUAGUCCGUCAGAUCCUCAGACGAAUGAUUAAGAAGAUUGAUCAACGGCCGGCUUUGAUAACAGAACUGCUCUUCAGCAAGAUCAACUCGACCGUCUUCUAUCUGGAAUUCGGAUUUGAAAAACAGACAAUAUCCGUGUCCAAGCGGCCCCCAGCAGAGCUUGAGGUUGACCCACGAGAAGCCAAGACAACAGAUGAGAAGUUAAGCAUCGUUGUGCGUGUCAUGAUCAAGGACGAGCAUAUCAACUUGGUCAAAUGGAUUAGUGAAGUGCUGAGAUUAGCUGCUGAUGAGAGGGAGUCCUGGGAAAGCCGGGAGCAACAACCAGGGGAACCAACAGCUCCCAAUCCCAUGAUUCCCGUUAAGCCAGAUGAUGAGGCAUGUCAGAAAGCAAUGUUCUCAAAUGCAAAAUUACGUUUACUCAUGACAUUGAUCGGGUUUGAGCGUCUUGGGAUGGAAGACGUCCCUGGAGCUUCCUGGGUCGUCCCUUCAUCUUUCACAUCGGACGACCUUCGGCACACCAAACGCGUGAUCGAUCAAUGUCUAAUUGAGCCUGCCACCGAAGACCCUGACCAGGAUUUAAGCCGGUUGAUUCGGCGCAAAUAUGCCAACGAUGCCAGGGGUGGUGGCCGAGAUGAGCAGAACCUCGAUAUCGAUUUCGGAUCGGAUUCUGAAGGCGAAGACAAUGUUCCAGAUGGACCGUUGUUUCCACCAAACCAUCGUUCAAAAGCAAACGCGUUAGAUCAGUUGAAGAAGCAGCGCCAGAAGAGACGCAAAGAGGACGGAGAUAGAGAGACACCCGAUGACGAGGUUCUCGAGGAACGUCGCCGAGCACGUCUAGAAAAUGCGUUGGCUCGACAGGCAAAGAUCAAGAGCGAUCUGUAUAUCCAUGCCAGCGAUGAAGAGAGCGACGAAGAAGCGGAUGAGGAGUUUUUCCGCCUUGAGGAACAGAGACGGAAAGAGCAGGCGGCAAGAAUAAAACACGCCCUGCUUCAUGGAGUUGUGGAAGAAAUUAGCGAUAAAUCAAGCAAAAAGACUGGACGCAAGCGACAAAGCGAUCAACAUACUACUCUGAACAUUGAUGCUCAUACCAAGCGGCAGCGACGCAAGAAUCGGACUGACAAACUAGACGAAGGCGACGACCUUGUCAUGGCUGGUACGGAAGCUCAAUCACCAGAUUCACCCGGGCUGGGUUCAUCCAGUCAUGAUGCGAAGGGGAUCGAGAAUACACCGCUUACGUCCGACGAAGAUGAACUCGAAUUUGACGAUGAUUUGGCGUUUAGUCGAGACCGUAAUCGGAGAAAGGAUUUUACCCCCAAUGUUGACAAAAUGGUCAUUGAACCUGCUCAACAGGAUGCCGAUCCUGCUGCGCCGGACGAGGAUGAUGAUGAAGAUGCCCCUGUCGUUGGAUCAUCUCGAAGAAGAGUUCGAGGUGGGUUUGUGAUUGAGAGUGAUUCAGAGUGA